AUGGCGGAUAAAUUAUACUACCCCAAUUCAGAACUAGUGAAAAAAGCACACUGUAAUAGCUUCGAACAAUAUAAAAGGAUGCAUGAGAAAUCUGUAAAAAAUCCAACAGAAUUCUGGAAUGAAAUUGCAAAACAGUUUUAUUGGGAAACACCGGCAUUCGAAGACAAAUUCUUUUCAUAUAACUUCGAUCUAAAUAAAGGAGAUAUUUUCAUAAAAUGGAUGGAAGGUGCUUCGACGAAUAUAAGUUAUAAUCUUUUGGACAAAAAUGUAAAAAGUGGAAACGGUGAAAAAAUUGCAUUCUAUUGGGAGGGAAACGAUCCAGAUGAUUAUUCACGAUUAACAUACAGAAAAUUAUUGGAAGAAGUAUGCAGAUGUGCAAAUGUUUUAAAGUCAAAAGGAGUAACAAAAGGAGACCGUGUCGCAGUUUACAUGCCUAUGAUCUUAGAAUUACCUAUCGUCAUGCUCGCAUGUACCCGAAUUGGGGCUAUUCACAGUGUAGUGUUUGGUGGAUACUCGGCGGAUUCACUGGCAGAGCGUAUCUUGGAUUCGAAAUCGAAAAUUUUGAUUACGACUGAUGGAGUAUGGAGAGGCGAGAAACUUUUAUUAUUAAAAACUAUUUGUAAUGAGGCUUUGAAUAAGGCUAAAAAGAAUGGUCACGAGGUUGAAUGUUGUAUAGUAGUGUCACAUCUAAAAAGAUUGACUAAUCCACAAAAUACUAAAUCAAAUAUAUUAGGGAAAACAAAUGGAGUGAACAGUGAAAGUGAUGGAUAUAACUAUGACAUCCCUCAAGUUGCAUGGGACGAUGAUCGUGAUGUUUGGUGGCAUGAGGAAAUGGAAGAGGCUGAGAAUAAAUGUUAUCCAGUUUGGAUGAAUGCGGAAGAUCCACUCUUUAUUCUGUAUACAAGUGGUUCCACAGGAAAACCAAAAGGUGUCCUUCAUACCACUGCUGGAUAUUUAAUUUAUGCAGCCACAACGUUUAAAUAUGUGUUUGAUUAUCAUCCGGGCGAUGUAUAUUGGUGCACAGCUGAUAUUGGUUGGAUCACUGGUCAUACUUAUGUUGUAUAUGGUCCACUGGCAAAUGGAGCUACUUCCAUUAUUUUUGAAGGAACACCAUUUUAUCCAAAAAAUGAUCGAUUCUGGACAAUUAUCGAAAAAUAUAAAGUUACACAAUUUUAUACUGCGCCGACUGCAAUUAGAUCAUUAAUGAAAUUUGGAGAUGAUUUGGUGAAGAAACAUGAUUUAUCUUUUUUAAAGGUUUUGGGUUCGGUUGGAGAACCAAUAAAUACUGAAGCUUGGCUAUGGUUUUACAAUCUUAUUGGUAAUGGUAGGUGCAGUAUAUCAGACACGUUUUGGCAAACAGAAACCGGAGGCCAUGUAAUCACCCCUCUUCCUGGUGCUACGCCAAUGAAACCAGGUUCUGCAACAUUCCCAUUCUUUGGCGUUUUGCCAGAAAUUCUGGAUGAAGAUGGUCACUUAAUCGAAGGUGAAGGUGAGGGAUAUCUUGUUUUUCGUCAACCGUGGCCGGGAAUGAUGCGGUCUCUUUAUGGAAAUCAUCAACGUUUUCAAAACACAUAUUUUGAUAGAUUUUAUGGAUUUUAUUGCACUGGAGAUGGUGCUAGACGUGAUGCAGAUGGUUAUUUCUGGAUAACGGGUCGUAUUGAUGACAUGUUAAAUGUUUCUGGCCAUCUCAUGUCUACAGCGGAAGUAGAAAAUAUAUUAACGGAACAUUCUUCAGUAACUGAAGCUGCAGCAGUUAGUAAGCCUCAUCCUAUAAAAGGACAAUGUCUUUAUUGUUUUAUCACACCUAAUGAAGGUGUUAAAUUUGACAAAAAACUUCAAGAUGAACUCAAAAAUAAAGUACGAGAACAAAUCGGUCCUUUCGCUCAACCGGAUAUUAUUCAACUUGCUCCAGGACUACCAAAAACUCGAUCAGGAAAAAUUAUGAGACGUGUUCUUAGAAAAAUCGCAGCAGGAGAUAGAAAUGUCGGUGAUAUAUCAACAUUAGCUGAUGAGAGCAUUGUCAAUACUCUUUUCGAAUUAAGGCCACAAAUUUAAAUCAAAUUUAAAUCAAUGUAGCAAUUUU